AUGACAAUGCCUAUAACAAGACAGUUAAGGUCCAGAAGUUCCAAAAUAAAUUAUAAAGAAAAGGAAGAACACGAACUUGGACCAAAAGAUUUAAAGAAUCAAAAACAACAGGAAAAUGAUGAAGAAUCAAACACACGAGAGGAGAGCGACCUAAAUUCUGAUGCCAUAAUCAAUUCUAUUCAUUUUGGUGCUACAGAUACUAUGGAUGAAAAUGCCGAUAACCACAUUGCUUUCAUAAAUAACAAUGCAAUCACCAGGAAUAAUACGAAGAACAUUAUAUUGAAAGACAAAAACGAGUGUGAACGUGAAGACGUGGAACGGGAAAAUGAGAGCGAUCAUGAUGAUGUCGAUCAGCAAGAGGAUAAAUUAAUUGAUGAUUUAAUAUCUUUGAAAAACAAAGAGUUUAAAGAACGGGAAUCAAAGUAUAAAAAGAUCAACGAUGAUAAAGCGAAGGAUAACGAAAAUACCAAGUCUAAGAAUAUUAAUAGAGAACACAACACAGCUAAGGAUGAAUUGGGCAGCAAAGAUCUAGAACUAAAAUUGGAUCAACUAAAUGAAUUUAUCAGACAAAGCAAAGUAUACUCGCAAAUUAUCGCAGACACGUUAUUAAAGCAAAAUAUUGAAGACAACACUGUUACUGAUACCGCUGAGAACACUAAACGUAAAGCUUCUGCGGAACCUAGUAAGAAAAAACGAAAAACCAUUAUGGAAUUUUUCCGCCAAAAAGAUGAAAAUGUCCAGCAGGAACAGGACGAUGAUCAAAAUGCUAGUGCGUAUGCCGACAAAUACGACAUUCAGCAACCUUCAAUGAUUAAAAAUUGCACGUUGAAACCAUAUCAAGUGUCAGGGUUAAAUUGGUUGACUACAUUAUACUCCAAUGGUCUAAAUGGGAUCUUAGCUGAUGAAAUGGGAUUAGGGAAAACCUUACAGACAAUUUCCUUAUUAGCCUUUAUAUAUGAAAAUGAUACACCAGGACCAUACUUAAUUGUGGCACCAUUGAGUACCAUCGAUAAUUGGAUGAAUGAGCUACAGAAAUUUGCUCCGGAUUUACCUGCACUUAAGUAUUAUGGCGCGAAAUCGCAAAGAGACAAGUAUACCGUUAAUAGGCUGAAUAGCACAGAAGGUUGUGUUGUCACGACCUAUGAAAUAAUAAUAAGAGACAUUGCCAAAUUAAAUGCCGUCGAUUGGAAGUUUUUGAUUGUUGAUGAGGGUCACAGAUUAAAAAAUAUUAAUUGUAGGCUAAUUAAGGAAUUGAAAACGUUAAGAACUAAUAAUAGGCUAUUACUAACUGGUACACCAUUACAAAAUAAUUUAUCUGAAUUGUGGACCUUAUUAAAUUUCAUAUUACCUGAUAUUUUUUCGGAUUAUGAAAGUUUUAGCAAAUGGUUUGAUUACGAUGAUCUUGCAAAUACUACAAGUGACAAAUUAAAUGAUAUAAUUAGUGCAGAAUUACAAAAAAACCUAGUUACUAAUUUGCAUACCAUUUUGAAACCAUUUUUGUUAAGAAGAUUGAAGAAAAAUGUUUUAAAUAAAACAUUACCUCCCAAAAGAGAAUAUAUAAUUAACUGUCCUUUGACCCCAUGGCAGGAGUUUUUAUAUAGAAGCACAUUAAAUUCGGACCUAAGAGCAAUGACAUUAUUUUAUGCUAUUGAUCUAUUUUUCAGCUGCAAUUCUUCGAAAUUUGGUAAACUACCGAAUAGAACCAUUGAAGAAUACAUAAAUUGGAAGUCUAGUGGUAGUGAUAUUAUGUCUACCACUGAAACUUUUAAACAAAUGGAUAUACUGUAUGAUAGAUUUAUUGAUAAACAGAUUAGAUACAAGAAAUAUUCAAAUACAAUGAUGCAAUUGAGACAAAUCGUGGAUAGUACACUUUUAAUAUACUCACCCUUCCAACUUGAGGACGUAACGCCCCAGUUGGAUACUAUUGUGAAAUCCAGUGGCAAAUUGAAAGUGUUGGAUGAGCUUUUGACUAAGUUAAUGGCGUGUAAUCAUAAAGUAUUAAUUUUCAGUCAAUUUGUUGGUAUGCUAGAUAUAAUCGAAGACUAUCUAUUUUUAAAGAAAAUCAAACAUUGUAGAAUUGAUGGUAGCAUGGAUAAUGACGAAAGGAGGGAACAAAUUGAACGGUUUCAACGGAAUGCCGGAACUUCUGUGAGGGAUAAAAGUGACAUGGAUGUUUUUUUGAUUAGUACUAGAUCUGGUGGAUUAGGCAUCAACCUAACGCAUGCGGAUAGUGUUAUUUUAUUUGAUAGUGAUUGGAAUCCACAAGUUGACUUACAGGCAAUGGAUAGGGUACACAGAAUUGGCCAAACUAGACCGGUUGUAGUUUAUAGAUUUUUCUGUGAUAGGACUAUUGAAAACGUUAUAUUAUCAAGAGCAAUGGAUAAGAGAUAUUUAGAGAAAAUUGUGAUUGAAAUGGGGGACUUUCAAGUAUUAAAAGAUUUAUCGGUGUCCGGGAACCUCACUGGUACGACUACGAAGAAUAUUAGUAGAACUAAUUUGUUGAAGAAUGAAUUACAUAAAUUAUUAAAUCAAAGGGAUUCCAUCAUAGGAUUUACUAAAUCUGAUCUAACGCGUACCAAUAGUACAAGUGAAUAUGCGGCCAAUAAUAGAAACGCUAAUUGGUUAACUAACAAGGAAUUGAAAGUGCUGGAGGAUAGAUCAUUAAAAGCGUACGAUGGUAAUAAUAUUAAAGCUUGUCCUCAUAUAAAGUUAUUUGAAACGUCAAAUAAUGAAUUCUUUUAG